UGCGCUCUCCGCCCUCCCCCUGCGCCUGCGUCUUCCGUCCCCUGCUAGUCACUCCCGCUCUGAUCGGGAAGUGUCAAGCGGGAGCCGGUCUCCGCCGCCGCGGCUGCCGCCUUUUACGGAGCCCCGAGGCCCCCGGCUCUGGCCCGGCCGGGCCCAGCCGUCAUGACGAACGUCUAUUCCCUGGAUGGGAUCCUGGUAUUUGGUUUGCUAUUUGUUUGCACCUGUGCCUACUUCAAGAAGGUGCCUCGCCUCAGGACCUGGCUGCUUUCCGAGAAGAAGGGAGUCUGGGGUGUGUUCUACAAAGCUGCUGUGAUUGGAACCAGGCUGCACGCUGCUGUGGCAAUUGCUUGCAUUGUGAUGGCAUUUUACGUUCUGUUUAUAAAAUGAACUCUAAGACAUCCGAAUCUCCAACUGUCAAUCAAGGGGCCUGGGGCAAGAGGCCUCUCAGGGACUUAUGCCCCUUGCAGAAGAGCCGGACUGAGAUCAGCAAAGCCCCCCAGGAUGACACUGUAUCCUCUGCCUCCACCAGGCCUAGAAAAAGCUCCUUGGGACUGCCCACAUCAGGCUUGGGGGGAUUCCAGAAAGCCAAUUUCUCUACCUUCCUCUGAUCUGUUUAUAAAUUAAUCUGCUGCAAAGAGUCUAUGGUGUUCAGCUACAUAGCGCACCUCUUGGUGAUAACAUUACAUACCUCUUGCUGAAGAGUACCUGUCAUGUAUUUUGUUCCUCAGCAGUUCUUCAGUAUCUCUUAAAACUGAGUGAGCCUGGGAAGAGUAGGAAGAAUAGGCUGGGCCAUGAUUUCUUGGGAGGGAGUAUUUUUUAAGUCUUACUUUUCCCUGUUUGAUCUGGAUUAGGCGAAUUGGAUAAAUGGGAGUUAUGCAAUGCCAAGGAAGAGUUUGGCUUUGGAUAGUUCUCUUUUUUAUGUCCAUCUGGGGAUAUAACAGAGAGACAUUGCCUUCUGUGCACAAGGAGAGCAGAUGAACCAGCUGGGUGCUGAACGUGUGGGAAUUCUGCCAAGAUAUUUUUGGGGAAUGGCUAAGGUUGGGAAAGGGCUUGUCUGUUUGGGUUCAGUCCAGAAAGCAGAGAAAUGCAGAGGGCUUAGGGUUUUACCAGAUCAAAUGGCAUAUGGAGAAUUAGUAAGCUGUUGUUUUCCUUAAGCCUUGGUAGAUUUUUCAAAUUUCCUAGACUUGAUUGCUGUCAUUAAAGAAGUUUGAAAUGUAGCCACUUAGGGGAGGGGAAGGGGAACAUUGAAGGAAAGAACUUUUCAAUUUAUUUGCUGUUGGGAGUGGGGGAAAUCCUACCAUAUUACAAACAUUUGUUAUUAGGUAUUAGAAAGAUUGGCAUUUCUAGCCAAAAUAUUAAGAUCCAUACUUACUCUUUGAAAAGACUAAGUUGUUAAGAUAGUUCUCAAUUGAUUACUUCUACUUUUGUCUGGCUACCUCUUGUGAUCCCACAUAUUAUACUUUAAAAAAAAAACUACUGUGGGUGGAGAAAAAGGGAAGAAUUGAGUCUGGAGAGGGGGCAGUGUGCUGCCAUUUGGACGGUCUUCAUCCACAUAGUGUUCACAGUGUCUAGACAAAUUAGGGCUUUUUCAUGCCUCUGAAAUGUGGGGAAUGAGGAUGAAUUUGAAUUUGAGAUUAGGGGAAUUUUCCAGGAAGAAUGGGUGCUCAAGCCUGUUUGGAGAACCCCACAUUUUAAAAAAAGUAUUGGCAACCCCACCUCUCUCCUUUGAUCUACAGUGGCAUCUUUUGGCCUUGGUGAGGCCAGGGCUCUGUAUCAAAAAAUAGAUUCUAUAACAAGGGCUGAACACAUUAAAUUACCUUGAACAACAAGCAUAGGUGUGAGUGUUAAUUGUCUGUCGAGGUUGAAAAAAGAAGUGGUUUUACUUUUCCUAAAACUCUCAGAAGGAAAGUAUUUUGUUUGUGCUUGCCACACAGGGGGAGCAGUGAAUUAUCCUUUGUACCUGCUCCCUCCAAACCAGCCAAAGCUUCUGGAAAGGAGGCUUUAGGCAAAACGAGUCGACUGGCUUUGGAGUCCCCUGAAGCCGUAGGAAGUCAUCAAGUAAGACCCAGCAAGAGCAGCUAUCUCUCGGGGGUUGGUCUACAAGAAGAAUGUAAGCGGCUGAUUCUCUGCUGCCCUGGAGACUGAUGGGAUCUUGGACAAGGAAGAAAGCCUCUUUAAGUGACUGUUCUGAAACGGAGGAAUGAGAUCCACCUGGUCGGCGUGAGCUUGGGACUGCUCACUAGAGACCCAGGUUCAGCACGUUUUGCACAUAUUGAGUUCAGUAGCUUUAAUGUAUUUUCUUUUCCAAUAGGACUAACAUUCCUGAGGUUGGUGCUUAGAGCAGCUUCAUAGUUUAAGCUAGUCCCAUUUCCCAGCAAUUUGUCCAAACCAAUCUUUAUGUCUUCUUGAAUUGAUCAGUGUGAACUUUUGAGGGGUUUUAUUCUGAAAUGCUGUUCUUACCAAAUGAACCAAAAAUGCACGAGGUGAACAUAAUAACUGCACAGGAAAAAAAAUGCUCAUUUGUGUUUUUCACAGCUUGUUCAAUUCUUUAAAUAAGCAGAGAACCAGGAACUCCUUAACCAAGUGAAAUCAUCAGUUUAGCUAACAUGUCCUAUCAUCAAAAACAAACAAAAACACUAGAAAACCAUUCCUUUGGGCAGUGAUGCAUUAGUGGCUGAAGGAAAAAAGAUGUCAACAUUGGUUUUUCUGAUGUUGAUAUUCAGUGUAAAAAACUAGCAUUACCAUAAACCUGUCCCCUUUAUGUCAGGUGGAUUGAAGAGGGCAGCUCCUUUUUUAAAGUUAAAAUACAAUUUUUUUACUUACCAUUGUCUGUACAAAUUAUUGGAAAUAAAAUCUCUUUCCCUAUA